GGCGCCGCCUUCCCGCGCCGCGCGCCCUCGCCGUUGUCUGCGCUCCGCUCCGGACCAGUUGGAGGGAAGUUGCCCGGGCCCCGCGCCGUCCAGAUGUGCGACCUCAUUGAGCCGCAGCCGGCCGAAAAGAUCGGCAAGAUGAAGAAGUUGCGGAGAACUUUGUCGGAGAGUUUCAGCCGCAUCGCUUUGAAGAAAGACGAUACUGCCUUUGAUGAGAUAUGUGUCACAAAGAUGUCCACACGGAACUGCCAGGGGAUGGACUCAGUGAUCAAACCCCUGGAUACAAUUCCUGAGGAUAAAAAAGUCAGGGUUCAGAGGACGCAGAGCACUUUUGACCCGUUUGAGAAGCCGGCGAAUCAAGUAAAGAGGGUGCAUUCCGAGAACAAUGCAUGCAUUAAUUUUAAGUCCUCCUCUGCUGGCAAAGAGUCUCCAAAAGUUAGGCGGCACUCUAGCCCCAGCUCGCCGACAAGCCCCAAAUUUGGAAAAGCUGACUCAUAUGAAAAACUGGAAAAGCUAGGGGAGGGAUCCUAUGCUACAGUGUACAAAGGGAAAAGCAAAGUAAAUGGGAAGUUGGUAGCCCUGAAGGUGAUCAGGCUGCAGGAAGAAGAAGGUACACCUUUCACGGCUAUCAGGGAAGCUUCUCUGUUAAAAGGACUAAAACAUGCUAACAUAGUGCUGCUUCAUGACAUCAUCCAUACCAAGGAGACACUGACACUUGUGUUUGAAUAUGUGCACACUGAUUUAUGUCAGUACAUGGACAAGCACCCUGGGGGGCUGCAUCCAGAGAAUGUGAAGUUAUUUUUAUUUCAGUUGCUGCGAGGGCUGUCUUACAUCCACCAGCGUUAUAUUUUGCACAGAGACCUGAAACCACAGAACCUUCUGAUCAGUGACACGGGGGAGUUAAAGCUGGCAGAUUUCGGUCUUGCACGAGCAAAGUCCGUCCCCAGCCACACAUACUCCAACGAAGUGGUUACCCUGUGGUACAGGCCUCCGGACGUGCUCCUGGGCUCCACAGAAUAUUCCACCUGCCUUGACAUGUGGGGAGUCGGCUGCAUCUUUGUUGAAAUGAUCCAAGGAGUUGCUGCUUUUCCGGGAAUGAAAGACAUUCAGGAUCAACUUGAGCGAAUAUUUCUGGUUCUUGGAACCCCGAAUGAGGACACGUGGCCUGGAGUCCAUUCUUUGCCGCAUUUUAAGCCAGAACGUUUUACCCUGUACAGCUCUAAAAACCUUAGACAAGCAUGGAAUAAGCUCAGCUAUGUGAAUCAUGCAGAGGAUCUGGCCUCCAAGCUCCUACAGUGUUCCCCAAAGAACAGGCUAUCCGCACAAGCCGCCUUGAGCCACGAAUAUUUCAGUGACCUGCCCCCGCGGCUAUGGGAACUGACCGAUAUGUCUUCUAUUUUUACCGUCCCAAAUGUGAGAUUGCAACCAGAAUCCGGAGAAAGCAUGCGGGCCUUUGGGAAAAACAGUAGUUACGGGAAAAGUCUAUCGAACAGCAAGCACUGACCAGCACGGCGUUCUCGAGAGAGGGCAGGAUUAAGUUGUCAUCAUUCUGGGAAGAAAAAACACAUUAAUGAAGUGGCCAAUCAAAUGAAGGGAACGUGGAUCAGCUUCCUUUCGCUCCCUGUGGGGGAUUUCACUCACAAGAAAAUUGAAGCUGGCAAGACCCUGUUUUCUCUGCAAUUUAUUUAAAACCUUGCACGCAUUUGGAUACCUUGUGAUUUCCAAGAACUAUGUGAAGAUUAAGCUUUGCUUACUGAUACAUGGCAUGUAUUCUUUUCAGUCUUUUGUGUUUGAUUCUUUUUGAUUUCCCUCUGCAGCGCGCAGCGUCUCUGUAAAGGUCUCUAUGCCUUCACCAGCCAUGUCUUAAAUCCAUUAAGACAACACAUUCGGUGUUCACACUUCUUCAGUGGCGUCUGUACUUGAAAGCCACACAGUGGCAUAAAACAAUGUGUGUUUUCUUUGAGAGCAGUGCACGUGUUGCAACCACUAGGAAGGAAAUGUUUCACUGAAGCAAACCCCAGUUCUCUGGCUGACUUGACAGUUUGGUCCCUGACUGUGGGGGCCCCCACCUGUCGCUUACCUUUUGAGGACAAUUUGCAAACGUGGUUUAUUCUUGGAAGUCACUGCACAUUUCCGUAGGAUAUCGGAAUGUGCUUAGCAUUUCCAAGCUCCGUAGUAUGACUGUUUUCUGCAUAGAUUGAAAAGUGAAGAAACAAAUAUCAAGCAUUAGGAACAAAGACAGGGAUAAAUUGCUUGCUUUUCCACGCCUGGAAGAGGAGGAAAACUCGUACCUGUGUCGUGGGUCUCGUCAGCGUCUGACUUCCCCAUCCACUCUGUUAUACUUUGUAUUUUUUAAAUGGAGAAAAGAUUAAGGAACAGGGUGUUUAAAACUCAGCUGCAAGAGAAUUGUACCUUCUGGAUCCCCGGAAAGCAGCACUGGCCGGUUAACGCUAAAAAAGCAAAUGCUGGGAUCAUCCAGAGUUACAAGUUUGCUCAGUUACAACCAAGCACCUUGGAUUUAGAUCUCCUAAAAAACAUUCCAAGCUGAUUGGAAGACAUCUUUGGGUACCGGACUUUACCAGUUUCCUGGAAGAACUGUGCGCGUACAGCGCAGGGAUCUUGCUUUAGAGUUGGCGAUGGGAUGACAAAAGGCUCAGCUUCCCUUGUUGAGGAGCUGAGGGACCCUGGAGGAUGAAGGCGACCACGUGACACUGAGCGAGAAGCGGAUGCGUCGUGUCUGGCGCUUUGAUCCGGAGGGAGAGCUGCCUGGUGCAGGUGGGCUCCCUGUGGGACAGCAACCCUGCUGAAGCCCCAACAACACCGCGGCCAAGGGGGCAGCUGGGAAAGUCACCUCAAGCACAAAUCCUGGCUCCUCUGGACACGGACUCCUGUGGAAGUACCUCUGUGUACGCUGUUUUAUAUGUUUUUUGUUAGAAUGGGAGUCAAAGAGCUUGACAUGUGUCCCGCUUUUUCAGGAUCAAGACGAAAAGUUGUGAUCCAGUAUGCCAAGGACUUUCUCUGCGUGCUGAGUGAAGGGAAAGCUGUUCUGUGUUCAAACCCAAUGCACCUGAGCAAGCAGAUCCAGAAUCCCACACGCUGAAGUGGCGGUGUUUCUGGAGUGUGUCAGUCAGAACCCAGCCCGUGCAGACACAGCAUUCACCGUAAACCUGCAAGUGCCAAGUGAGGGGUCCUUUACUGACUGAUUUUCUAAAGACAGUAAAAGACACCCAAGGCUGGAAGGUUUACUAUUGGCUACAUAGAAAUCGUUUUCAUUUCUCUUUCAUACAUUCCAACCCACUGGAAGUCUUUUGAGGUAUUUGAUUUAAAGAAAGUAUACUUAAAUUAGACUCUCUUUAAGUAAAUACAUGCAACAGGGAGAUUUUAUAUGCAGCCAAAUUCCACCUAUCCUGUAAUUUGUUUUGAUUCAUUCAUUAGGCAGAGACGUGACUCCAGUCUUACUACUUAAUAAAGUUUCUACCAUGGAAAUGUGGGAACAUGCAGUAUUGAGAGAUUUCUAUUAGGAAUGUGAAGGUCAUCAGUGACGUAUGCCCCUGUCACAGAUGGCUUCUCCUGGGAAGUGAAACAUUGCUGUGUGGUGGGGAAAAGUCUGUUUUAUUACAGAGACGCCUCUCCAAAAGUCAGGAGGUUUUGUGUUCCCCAUGCUUGUCCAUAUGUGAAGCCCAAGGUCCGACUCCUCUCUGUGUCCUUUCCGACCCUAUUCUCAACCACGUUUGCCCUACCCUUCAUGUCGCUCCUGUCUGAGGGCAUCAUGCAAAUCCAUCCAGACGACGUUCAUCAGCAGAUUUAUUAUUCUGGCGAGAAAGCCCUGGGAUGUUUUGUGAGGUUAUUUUUAUAUGAAGGAAUCACUUGGAUUCAAACAGCUGGUAAGAAUGGUACGAGCACCUUGACGCAGUGGUUGUAUCAACGUGGACAUCACUGCAUACAGUAUUCUGAAAGGAGAUUGGGGACUUAAUUUCCAUUUUCUUAAAGGAAUAGUUUAGUUGACUUAAAAAUCCAAGCUACAUAGGACGUGGGGAAAAAAUGUUUGCAGUGCUCGGCACACAGAGGGUGUAAGGCAGGGGUGUCUGCACCCAGUGACGCCAGGUUGAGAAGCUAUGUCUGCCUCCCGAGGGUGAUUAGAAAAAUCGUCGGGAGAGCUCCAGGCUUGCUGAGAAAGCAAGACCUCUGAAGUGUGACUAUGACAGCAUUGUACUCAGCACACUAGGUUAUGCGUCUACGUAAGAUCCUCAUCUGUGGAUACUGCUGGUUUUGUAAUCUGUGUUAUGUAAGAGGAUGAUUAGGCUGUACCUACUGGGGCAGAGUAUUGCCUGCCUCCCUAAACAAACGUAGGAACGUGCUGCAUACUCACGCGUCACUCGCGCGUCACUUUAUCUCUUUUCCUGGCUUGUCAGAGGAGGAAACAGUGUAGUUACUGCCUUGCAAUUUCCUCAUACACCAAAAAAAGUAAAAACUAAAAAAAAAAAAAAAAAAAAAA